UCUGUUGGAUCGGAAUUGCAUCUGACCACUGUUUCUAAGCAUAAUUUUGUAUGAAAUUAAAUUAAUAUAAAUUAUUACAAAAUUAGGGUUUGUUUUGGACGCAAUGAACAAUGAAUAGUUGUGGAGCAGAAUGAGAAAGUUACUCAACUAGGGAUGAAAUGACCCGGAUCCAGAGGCUUAUUUUUUUCCACAAGUUCAGUUUUGUGAGGGGAUUUUGUAGCCUCACUGCACCUCUCGAUUUUACUCAAAUUCAAAUUACUCGGCUCCCCGCUGUCAUCAUUCUAGGGCGACCUAAUGUAGGCAAGUCUGCAUUGUUCAACCGUUUAAUUCGGAGGAGGGAGGCUCUGGUAUAUAACACCCCUGAUGAUCAUGUUACCCGAGACAUACGAGAAGGAGUUGCCAAGUUGGGUAACUUACGAUUCAGGGUCUUGGACUCUGCUGGCUUGGAAGCUGAAGCCUCUUCCGGUUCUAUCCUCCACAGAACUGCUUCCAUGACUGCAAACGUCUUAGCAAGGGCUCACUUUGCACUCUUCCUCACUGAUGCAAGAGCUGGACUUCAUCCUCUUGAUCAGGAGGUUGGAAAAUGGUUGAGAAAACAUGCACCCCAAAUAAAACCUAUUGUUACCAUGAAUAAAUCUGAAUCACUCUUUGAUGCCUGUGGCUCUCUGACCACAGCUGCUAAUGAAAUGUGCCGGUUGGGAUUUGGGGAUCCUAUUGCCAUAUCUGCUGAGACUGGACUGGGAAUGCAUGAAUUGUAUACCUCUCUUAGGCCUCUCCUGGAGGACUACAUGCUUCGUGUAUUGAAUGAUGAAGGUGUUCUAGAAAAUAGCCAUGACGAGGAUAGCAGUGACCUUGAUGUUGACAAAAUUAAGCUGCCAUUGCAAUUAGCUAUUGUAGGACGCCCUAAUGUCGGUAAAUCAACCUUAUUGAAUGCAUUGUUGCAAGAAGACCGCGUUCUUGUGGGUCCUGAAGCUGGUCUGACAAGAGAUUCAAUCAGAACCCAGUUUGAAUUUCAAGGAAGAACAAUUUAUCUGGUUGAUACCGCCGGUUGGUUGCAGAGGACAAAACAGGAUAAAGGAGCAGCAUCCUUGAGCAUUAUGCAAUCAAGGAAGAGUCUACUCCGGGCUCAUAUAAUUGCUUUGGUACUAGAUGCGGAAGAGAUUUUAAAUGCAAGACGAAGUAUGAAACAUGCUGAAGUAGUUAUAGCCAGACGGGCAGUGGAAGAAGGACGUGGUCUGGUUGUGAUUGUGAACAAGAUGGACCUUCUAAGAGGCAAACACAAAUCAUCAUCCUAUGAGAAGGUUAUGGAAGUUGUUCCACAAGAAAUUCAGACAAUUAUACCUCAGGUAACAGGAAUCCCAGUUGUAUUCAUUUCAGCAUUGGAGGGAAGGGGCCGGACCACUGUCUUGAAUCAGGUCAUUGAUACAUACGAAAAAUGGUGUUCAAGAUUACCUACAGCUCGUCUUAACCGUUGGUUGCAAAAGGUUAUGAGCAGGCAUUCUUGGAAAGACCAAGCAGCACAGCCUAAGGUCAAGUAUUUCACUCAAGUCAAGGCCCGGCCACCUACAUUUGUUGCGUUUGUGCGUGGGAAGACUCAGCUUUCUGAUACAGACAUUAGGUUCUUAACAAAGUCCUUGAAAGAGGACUUUGAUUUGGGUGGAAUUCCUAUAAGGAUCAUGCAACGUUCUGUCACUAAGAAAGAUGGCAGCGGAACUAGCAAAAGUAGCCAUUCAGUAGGCAGAGUGUCCGAAAGGAUCGUCUCUGACAAGAGAAGUGUCUUAGUUGAAUCACAAAGUUGACUCCUCAAUAAAGGUACAUGGGCAUCAUUCCGCAAAAUUUGCAAAAGCGAGCUUAGAGUAAUUUAUUUUUAAUUUUAUUCUCAGUUCAAAAUCUUGAUAAUCAUAAAAAAAAAAAGUUCAAAAUCUUGAUUCUGAAUUCUUGAACUAUGCCCGGUAAUGAGAAGCGCGAUUCAAAGGUGCUGAGUUUUAUGCAUAUGACAAUAAUAGUAUGAUAUUGGCAUAACUGUUAGAAUUUAAUGAUUUCCAAUUUGAAUAGUAUGAUUUGCGGUUUGAUUAGUUAAUGAUUUGUAUAUGAAUUGUAGAUGAGUUUUGAUUAGUGCAGUAUGUGAAUGUUUCAA